CUCUUUAUGUUUGCUUUUAGAACCAGAGUUUGUUCUGUUUUAAAAACCAUGGGUGUACGGAACAUGGGGGGCUGGGAGGGAGCCCCCCAAGAAAGUUUGAAGAUUGAAAAGUUGGCAACUUUCAAAAAUACGGUGGAACUUUCAUUAAUCUUGAUAUCAAAGAUUACAUUCGAUAAAAACAAAGAGCAAGUUGUCGGUGUUUAUAAAUUCCGUGUCGGCAGCCAUCAAAUAAAGCCAUUUUCUCUGUACGUGUUCAUCUCCAAAGCUGCAUUACGCAAAAAGAGUUUGCAAUUUGAAGGUAUUUUGAGAAAGCGGAGAGGGAAAUCGUCGCAGAAAAAACAAGUGAUUGCUGUUAUGGAUAAGACACAAGUCUUUCUCUUGCUCGUCAAUUUGAUAAAAUUUUGCGCUUCUUACCAUCUUGGCUUUUUUGUACCUAUCUUCGAGGAAGCCGACUUCCUUGGUACGAGAGAGGAAUUCGCCGGACAAAGCUUUGCGCAUGCGCUAACGAUUGCUAUUGAUGACGUCAAUACCAACUCCACUAUCCUACCAGGUCAUAACCUAACCUACAGUUGGACAAAUAGCAAGGAUAAUUUGAAUGCGCUAAGAGCCAUGCACGAAAGGUACAUUUCCCCUGCCAAGAAUCCUGUUGACGUGUUCAUUGGGCCCGCGCACAAGUGUGCAGCGCCCGCUCGUGUUGCAGAAGCAUUUCAUGUUCCAAUGAUAUCUUAUUUUUGCUCCGAAUCUGCUCAUUUCACGAAGCAAGAUUACCCACUAUUCGUUCAAACAUAUCAAAACGUUAAUUCGCAAGCGUACACCACGCUGUUGGAUCUUCUGAAAACCAUGCGUUGGUCGAGAAUUGGUGUUAUCAGUGAAGAAGGCGACACCUACUGGGAAAAUUUAGCUGGUCUUAUUUCGAGGAAUAUUGACAUCAAUGUUGUUCGCUGGGAAAGGGUUCCAAAAGAAGGGAAAUUCGACAAAUUCGGCAUGAGAAUGAAUUUUGAAAAUUUAUAUAAAGAAAGAAAUAAUUCUCUGGCUCGGGUUCGUCGUGCUCUCCUCGAUAUGACGAAGGAAAUGCGUAUAAAAAUAUUUGUUCUGCUGACCUCCUUUCCCGUUGUCAUCGAAAUUAUGUCUCAGGUGGACAUCUUGGGGCUCAAUGAUCUUUCCCAGCCACGUAGGGCAUUCAUUGCGUUCCAGUUGGACCAAAAAAAGCGUCGUUCUGACUAUUUUGGAGAGACUCAGAUGUUUUAUGCACCCCUUGCGGAACCCGUUAAGGAAGUGCAGUUCCAUGCUACAAAAGCAGCGAGGUCACUGCUUGUUAUUUCGGCUGGUGUCCCACAAUCUCGUCUGAGGUACGAGCACUUUCGACAGGAAUUAAUUCGUAGAACGGAACACGAACCCCCUUUUAAAGACGAAUCUAUCUAUGACUUUAACACGGGGCAAGUGGAGAUUGGUGGGAUCGCGUGUGAUCUUUAUGAUGCUGUCUAUCAAUAUGCACUUGCUUUGGAUCGUCUUCACAAGAAAAACGCUACCAUUACUAGCGAGAGUGUCCUUGAGGAAUUUCGAAGUCACUCAUAUACAGGUAUUUGUGGUUAUACGGCCAUAUUCUCAAAGAAUGGUUUAUUGAAGGUGCAUCUAAGUUUGUUACAUGUUCAAGACGAUGUGACAAGGGAGAGUUUCGAAAAUGUGACAGCAAAGACUGCUGGGAAAUUCACCUACUUGGAAAACGACAAUAUUUCUUUGACUCUUUAUAACGACCAGCAACCCAUUAAGUGGCCAUGGGGAUUGAAGACACCGACCGAUAAAUUAACCUGUGAAGACGACAAUCAUGCGUGCCCGCAGGAGGGCUUAAAAAUUCAGUACAUCAUACCGACUGGAAUCUCCGCCGUUUUUAUCGUAAUAUUCAUUGUUCUGAUGCUUCUGUUCUUCAGACAAUGGAAACGUGAACGUUUACUUAAACGUUCUGUAUGGCAAAUUGACAUCAACGAAGUUCUCUUCGAUAGAAAAGUUUCUACGGAUUCCAAGUGUUCCAAUGACAGUGGGAUCCGUGCAUCUAUGUUAGAUUUAGAAGCUUCAACAUUGCUGGACUUCCCGGAAUCCAAGGAUCUUUUUUCGAACCCGAGUGCCAUUAAAGAAGACGAAAUUUGUGAUUUCAUUUCAAUGAAAUCUUUCUCUGCCAUGAGGAGUGUUUCAGGGACUUACAUGGCUGAUCGGGUAUUUGUGAAAAUCCUGCCAAAAAAUGUGGACAUUACGAAGCCUAUGCAAAAGGAGCUACGCAUGUUACGGCACAUCCACCACGAAAAUUUGAAUCCAUUCAUCGGUUUGGGCUGCGAGAGCAAUUAUUUAUGGAUUGUGAUGCAACUUGGUUCGAAAGGAACACUGGAGGAAGUUUUGGCCAAUUCAGAUAUCACUUUAGAUCAUCGCUUCGUGCUUUCUUUAGUCUAUGAUAUCGCAAAGGGAAUGAGCUUCCUUCACAACAGUGAAAUAAAAUCUCAUGGGAAUUUGAAGUCAAGCAAUUGUAUCAUCGAUAACAGAUGGGUGCUAAAAAUCACCGAUUAUGGUAUUCCUACCAUUCGCUCUCGUCAAUUGCGAUAUAUGGGACCUAAUAACGAGGAGAAGAAGUUUAGAGAGCUUCUGUGGAAGGCUCCCGAGUUGCUACGCGACACUGAUCCGCCGCUCUUUGGAACGCGAAAAGGAGACGUUUACAGUUUUGCAAUAAUCUUGGAAGAACUACACACGUUGAAACCACCUUACUCGAACAGUGGUAUACCUGCUAGAGAUAUUGUCGAGCGUGUCGUUGAUGGAGAGGUUCCUCCUUAUCGACCUGUGGUUGCGCAACCCAUCGAGAAUGCUCAGCGGUUAUUGCCACUUAUGAAAGAGUGUUGGCGCGAAAAUCCUGAUAAACGGCCUGCGUUUAAUGAAAUUAAAUAUGACGUGGAGAGCGCCAUGAAUAGAUGCGGAUUAAAAACAGACAUUUGUGAUAACAUGAUAACGUUGUUGGAAAAUUACUCCAACGAUCUUGAAAACGUCGUAUCACAGAGAACGAGACAACUGCGGGAUGAAAAACAUAAAACAGACGCUUUGUUAGAUAGGAUGUUACCAAGAUCUGUUGCGGAGCAACUGAAGAAAGGCAACAUGGUUCAAGCAGAAAGCUUUGAAAGCGUGACGAUAUACUUCAGUGACAUUGUACAAUUCACCGCUCUUUGUGCUGAAAGUACACCAAUGGAGGUCGUCGACAUGUUAAAUGAUCUAUAUCUAUUGUUUGAUGAUAUAAUUACUGAUUAUAGUGUAUAUAAGGUUGAAACGAUAGGCGAUGCGUACAUGGUCGUUUCAGGAUUGCCGAGGACAAAUGGGAAAUUACACGCCUCAGAGAUAUCUUGCAUGGCUCUGGAAAUUCUCGACAGUGUGAAGAAGUUUAAAGUCGGUCAUAAGCCUAAGCACGAACUUCAGAUAAGAAUUGGAAUCCAUUCGGGUCCGGUCGUUGCCGGUGUUGUUGGCAUGACAAUGCCGCGUUAUUGUCUUUUUGGCGACACGGUGAACACUGCUUCAAGAAUGGAGUCGAAUGGAAAAGAGCUUCAGAUUCAUGUCAGUGGCUCGACAAAAGAAAUAUUGGAUGAGUUAGGAGGAUUUCAUUUAGUCAAACGUGAAGAGGAAGUUUAUCUUAAGGGUAAAGGUCAAUGUACCACAUACUGGCUACGUGGUGCAUCCUCUGACGUCCCUCGUUGUCCUAGAAAACUUAGCGAGAAAGCAAUGAAACCUCUUUUUCAAAAUGUCAACAGUAGGAAAUUCUCACAACCGUACAGAACACGCAAAAAGACACAGAUUUCGUUCCCGCGUGCUUCUGUCGCGUGAUGAUGUCAUCGUUCUUUUCAAAUGACGUAAUCAAUCCGUAUGUUUGAUUUAGCAACGCUUGUGUUUUGCGCAACAAUGACUUCUGGUUUGAUAACAAAAUCACAUCAUUUUGUACAACAGAAUAAGGACAUGUUGCCAUUUUGUAUAAACUGCAUCAGUUUGCCUCCUGCUCGCAGGCACCGCGAUAAGAACACCUUUAUGUGGGGCGGGCGAAUGACGCAAUGAUUUUAUGAACGUACAUAAAUUGAAAAUUGUAAAUAUAACUUUUAAAUUUACGAAUAAGGUUUGGGGAAAUUUUGGUUUUUUACUAAAAAUAUCAAUGUCGAUUGGGUAUAGUAGCAGCUAACACUGCUUUUUAUGGAUUGUAAAUUAGAAAUGUUAUUAAUACUUAAUCUAAACUUAGCAAUCAAAAAUAUAUGAAACGUUAAUUCAAAAA